CGGCGAGGACCCGUCGCCGCCGGUCCGUCGCCGUUUGUGAUCCGUGUGGCUGCCGUGGCUCGCGGUGGGUGGCGAGGGGCCGGCGCCGCCAUGAGCGAGAAGGGGGACCUGGAUCUGACCGGCGCCAAGCAGAACACGGGCAUGUGGCUCGUCAAGGUCCCAAAAUACUUGUCUCAGCAAUGGAAUAAAGCUUUAGGAAGAGGUGAAGUAGGAAAACUAAGAAUUGCCAAAAAUCAAGGAAGAACGGAAGUAUCUUUCACUUUGAAUGAAGAUCUUGCAAAUAUUGACGAUAUUGGUGGAAAGCCAACUUCCAUCAGUGCACCCAGAGACCACCCCUUCCUUUUACAGAAUGUGGGAGGACAGACAUUAACUGUCUUUACAGAGAGCUCUGGAGAGAGCCAGACAGAUGAAAAAUCAGAGAGCUGCAAUAAUGAGAAACUCUCGCUGGAAGGAAUAGUGGUCCAACGUGCAGAAUGCCGACCUGCAGCCAGUGAAAAUUACAUGAAGCUGAAACGACUGCAGAUAGAAGAAUCUUCUAAACCUGUAAGCUGGACAAUGCAGCUAGAUAAGGCUGUGACCACAAAUUAUAAACCCGUGGCUAAUCAUCAGUAUAAUAUUGAAUAUGAAAAGAAGAAAAAAGAAGAUGGAAAGCGGGCUCGAGCUGAAAAACAGCAAGUGUUGGAUAUGCUUUUUUCUGCUUUUGAAAAGCAUCAGUAUUACAACAUUAAAGACUUAGUGGAUAUAACUAAACAGCCAGUGAUCUAUUUAAAGGAAAUUUUGAGAGAAAUAGGCAUCUACAAUUUUAAGGGGCCACACAAAAGUACCUGGGAACUUAAACCAGAAUACAGGCAUUAUCAAAAUGAAGAUAAAAGUGAUUAGCAACCAGGACGCUGUUGACUUCGAAAGCAGGAAAAGCUGCCCAGGUUCAUCCUUAAAAGAGUAAGAGUUAAUACUUUUGUAAUCAGCUGUCUUCAUUUUUUAAAAGAUUUUUCUGGAAUGUUAUCUAAGUUUUUGUGGUAUGUUUAUUGCAUACAAAUUAUUUAUAGAAUAAACUUGUAUUUGGUUUCUUGAAUGAAUGGCCUUUUAUUAUAACUUCUUGCAUUUUGUAAAAAUAUAACUAUGUUAAUAAAUUGACUAGAAGCUU